AUGUCUACGGUUCACGUAUUUGUGGGCCAGUGCGGCAACCAGGUCGGCACCGAGUUUCUCGACACCAUCGCCUCCGAGGCGCAGGCCAGCACCGAUGAGGCCUUCCAGAUGCGCGUGUCAGCCACCCACUUCCGCCCAGCAUUGCGGGUGCCUCGUCGACGUAAACAGCAACAGCCACGUCACACCAAUACAAGUUUUGCGCGAGGCAACGAUUCCGUGACUGCGUGCGCGCAAACUUCUUCUUUUGAACACGCGAGGCGUACCGGCCCGCAGCAGUACUACUCCUUUUCCCGCUACGCGCAGACAGCGGAUGCUGAUGCUGCUGCAGUCGAUGUCGAUGUCGAGGCGAUGGACGCGUCGCUGCCGCAGCCGCGGUGCGUUCUCGUAGACAUGGAACCGAAGGUGAUUCACAGCACGCUGCAACGGGCCAACACCCACGAGACGCACGACAGCGCAGUAGCCGCGCCUUCCCGUCGCUUCUACACCCUCGCCCCACAGCAGUGCGUCACGCGUGGUGAGGGAAGUGGCAACAACUGGGCUUUCGGCUACUAUCAACAGGGUCAGAGUCGGCGCGAGGCCAUUGCGGAGUGUCUGCGACGUGAGAGUGAGCAGCAGGACACGACGGUGUCCACCUUUCACGUGCUGCACAGCAUCGCCGGUGGCACCGGCUCUGGUGUGAGUUGUCUGGUCGCGGAAGAAAUCAAGACGAUGUUUCCCACGGCGACGCUGCUGCACUCCGUGGUGUGGCCGUUUCAGUCUGGCGAGGUGGUGACGCAGUGGUACAACGUGCUAAUGGCCGUUAGCACCUUGGGUGAUUUGGCGGAUGGGGUGUGCAUCGCCUAUAACGACGUCGUCGCAGAAGAGCUCAAGAGCUCCCUUGCGAACCGCGGUCUCACUGACGCAGGAGAAGUGUCCUUCCCCCUCAUCAACAGGCGGAUGAGUGAGAUGCUUGCCCCGUUGCAUUUGCCUCAGUUGCUGUACGCGACGCCGUCUCCGCUGAAGGACGCGUCGAAACACCGAAUUGCUCGCAGUGGCGGCCCCACGAGCGAUCGAUGGAUAACACGCGUCACCGGCUCCGUUGUGGAUGGCACGGCGCCGUGCCGAUACGCGACGUCCAAUGACAUCGUGGAGGCGCUGACGGUGGACCCGGCCAUGCGGUUCUUCACCGGUGUCACCGCCCCUCGAUUAGUCACUGGAUCGUCGACGUGGACGUCCGUGCUCGGUGAGGCGGUGCGCACGACAGAGCACACCUUCACCAGCACCAACGCUUUCCAUACAUUUCAAGGCGCAGCAACCGCCGUAACAGGAGCCCUGACCCCCUCACUGGAUGCCGCGGCUUUCUACUUGCAGUCUCGGAGUUGUCUGUGGAGUCUGCGCGGACGCUGCGCGAGUACCGACGGCAUUCGUGAGCUGCGCCACCUAAUGGCCACCCACGUCAGCGGUGGCGCGACGCCCUUCCCGUUGACCUCUCUUUUCGUCAGUCUGUGCGAGGAGUGGCGUGCGACGCCGUCUGGUCCCACCCUACCCGAUCACUCCGUCACACUGUACGGACCCACACCGAUGAUUGGUGAGACGUUCGCAGAGGCGGCGCGCAAGGCAGAGGAGCUGCUAAAUGUCGGUGCCUUUGUCCAUCAUUUCGAGCGGUACGGUGUUUCGAAGGACGAGUUGCGCGAUGCUGCUGCUGUUUUGUGGGAUACCGCCGCUGCGUACGGGGGCCAAUAA